CCGCUGCCACAUCCUGUUCACGGUUCGCCUGAGUCUACUUUUGAUAUUAGUGAGUAGAGCACGUCUGUAGCCGACAUGAGCAAUCCUAAAGUGUUUUUUGACAUCGCCAUCGAUGGGAAAAGUGCAGGAAGGAUUGUGAUUGAGUUGAGAGCUGAUGUGGUCCCCAAGACUGCUGAGAACUUCAGAGCCCUGUGCACCGGAGAGAAGGGUUUUGGCUACAAGGGUUCUGGCUUCCACCGUGUCAUCCCAGGGUUCAUGUGCCAGGGUGGGGAUUUCACGAAUCACAAUGGAACCGGUGGAAAGUCCAUCUACGGCAACAAGUUUGCAGAUGAGAACUUCACUCUGAAGCACACGGGACCUGGCAUUAUGUCCAUGGCUAAUGCAGGACCCAACACCAAUGGCUCACAGUUCUUCAUCUGCACUGAGAAAACCAGCUGGCUGGAUGGCAAGCACGUCGUGUUCGGGAGUGUCGUUCAAGGCAUGGAGGUCGUCAGGGCUGUCGAAGGAAAAGGAAGCAACAGCGGCAAGUGCUCUGCCAAGAUAGUCAUCGCUGACUGCGGCCAACUUUAAAUACCGCUUCCACUCAACACCUAGCCUCAGUCUUGUGCAUUCCUAUCCCUUCAUUGAAUUUCCUUAUUCUUAUUGAAACACUUGUUACACAAAACAUGGCUAUGCUAGAUGAAUCAUAAAUAGAACAUUUUGUUUAACAAAAUAUUAAAGGUGGAACAAAGAA